AUGGAAGCUAUAGGCAUAAUGGACGAUCCCGAUCAACAAGAUGACGAUGUUUGUCUUCAAUUUUUCAACAACACCAUUACUUACAACGAAAAGGACAAGCACCUGAACAAGUUCUUCGAAGCAGAGGAAGACGAGAAAGUUCCACAGAUACAAAAGUUACUUGGCCUCCAAUGGAACACUUCCGAAGACAAGCUUUCACUAACUCUGCCUCAGAAACCACCAAAAGAAGAUCACAAAUUCGGAAGGCAGUUAUGGAUCUAG